UUUAAACUGUUUAUAUGAAUAUAGUUGAUAUUUAUAUUAAACAAUACUUAAUAAUAAAGUACAUUUGUCAUGUUGCAGCAAAUAGGGCGACAAGUUAAGAAACCAUUAUAUGGACAGUUAAUUAUUGGUCCUCCAGGUUCUGGAAAAACAACUUAUUGUCACAAUGCUGAGAAAUUUUAUAAUGAAUUGGGACGAAAAACCUGCGUUGUUAAUUUAGAUCCUGGUAAUGAGAAUAUGGACUAUACGCCAGCAGUUGAUGUUAUGAAAUUAAUAACAGUUGAAGAAACAAUGGAUCUCUUGCAUUUAGGACCAAAUGGCGCAUUGAUGUAUUGCGCAGAAUAUUUAGAAAAAAAUUUUGAUAAUUGGCUUUUACCUGAGCUGGAAAAGUACAUCGCAACCACUAAUUAUUUUAUAUUUGAUUGUCCUGGACAGGUUGAACUAUACACACACGACAGCUCAAUGGCGAAAAUCUUUAAUGGCUUGCAAGAAAAAGGAUAUUAUUUAGCGACAGUUAACUUGGUCGAUUCACAUUAUUGUUCAGAAGCAACGAAAUUCGUAUCAACAUUGUUGUUGUCGCUGAAUAUGAUGCUGCGGUUGGGAUUACCACAUGUAAAUGUACUCUCGAAGGCUGAUCUCUUGAAGGAGAAUGAGUCUAAAUUAAAAUUUGGUAUUGAAUUCUACACAGAAGUCUUAAACUUGAGAUUUUUACUAGACACUUUAGAGGAUACACCAGCAAUGAAAAAAUAUCAUAAGUUAAAUGAGGCAAUUUGUUCAAUGGUAGAAGACUAUUCAUUAGUAUCUUAUUAUUUGUUGAAUUCUCAAAGUAAGGAAAGUAUGUUGACUUUGCGUAAUGCCAUUGACAAAGCUAAUGGAUAUGUAUACAAGGCAGGAGAGGAACAACAUGUGAAUAGUUUAAUGUCAUGUGCCGAAGGUGCGGAGUCCCAAACAAAAAGACAAACAAAGUAUAUAGAUGCAUAUAUGUAAAUAAGUGAUGGAAGUAAUAAAUAUGUACAUAUGGUAAAUAACUAAAUAAUGCUAUAGAUUAUUUGUAAAUGAAAAAUAGUAUACCACUUGAUCUAUGUGAUUUUAAAAGUUAAAAUUAAUUUAAAAAUAGGAGCUUUCUUUUGUAGUAGUAGAUACUAAAUGUCUGUCAUCUUAAUUAAGUAAGAAGUAUUAUAACAAUGAAUCUGUAUCUAUAAGUAAGAAUGUAAAAAAUACUUCUGUAGUAUGUUAACUUAUUGAAAUAACCACAAUAUUAGGAACUAUAUUCAUGCUAUUCCUUCAAAUUUAAUGGACAUAUUAAUAAAGGAAUAAUAUUUCCAAUGAGUACUUUCUAAUUAAUAUUACGGACAAUAAAAUUACAAUUCAAAAGUUGAACCAACUUUCUUAUAACGUUAUUAUAUAUAUAUUUAUGUUAAGUGGUUUAGAUUAUUUUAAUGAAAUAUACAUAAUUACAUUUUUAUACUCUUAUUAUCAUUGUAAAUUAAAGGUCGUAACGCUUGUUUUUAAUCUAUGUUGAAAACCUAUGUUCUUUUUUAUAAAUGUAGUUACGGUUCAAAUAAUACUUCUAUUUUACGUUAUAUUUUUGAUAUUUGAUCUAUCGGUACAUGCUACUUUACUGCCGUUGAAUUAUUAAAGUUGUUGGAUCACCCAUUAUAAAUUAUUUUCAAUGUUUAUAAUUUUAUUA